AUGACGGUGAGAAUGAAGAGCAGGUGGACAAGUAAGGACGAGCCAACUCGGCAGCGAAAAUGUGAAAGUUGCAGUUAUCACGUACUGCUGAAGCUUCGAAUAAUUUUAAAAGAGAAAUCUGCUGGUCCAAACACGUUGAAGGAUCAGCCUUCUCUUGCUAUGGAUGAAAAUGUGGUUGAUCCUAGCAAGGUUGCUAUCAGCGUUGGUCCUCUGAGAGUUGAUGCUUCAAAUAAUGCAUCUCCUUCCCGGAUACAGUCAGUCUACCGCGGAGGUUAUGGCAAUAUGAUUGGCAGACCGGGCACAUGUUUUCCAGAUACCAAUGUUGAGUGCUUGGAAAAUGGUUCUCAUGGCAUCUACAGUGAUUCUUCAUCUCUUCUAUUCCAUGGCCACCCUCAAAUGCAACAAAGAUCACUUGGCCCAUUCAUGCCAGUGCUGCCUUCUAUUAGUGGUCAUGGCCGGUUAUAUAAUGCACGAGAGCUGCCUAACUCGGAUCCACGUUAUCAUCAGCACCUUGUUUCACAAAACAUUUCAUAUGUUGCCGCACAAGACCCAUUCUCUCAAACUAAAUUGCCAGACAACAUUGAGCUGCCAGGGGAUGACAACAGAAUGGGGCCUAGGCCAAGUUACCUGCCUCUGCCAGGAUCUUUGGGUGGUGGAAGCAGCUUUUCUCGACACUCUGGUGGUUUUAAAUUCUUGCAGCAAGGGUUUGAGGGAAUUGAAAGUGGUGAAUUGUGGGCAGAUUGGUCAAAACCCUCAAAUGGGAAGAGUACAUUGGUGCAUUUUUCAUCACAAGCAGCUUCUCCAAAGCAAAUUGGUUCAGUAGGUUUGUCUGCGAAUCAUUGUGGAAUGGUUUCUCAACGAAAAGAAUUGUUUUAUGGGCUUGGAUCUCAUCGAAGUCCCAGCUAUAAAUGUGUUCCUCAAGGUCUUAACGAUCGAGAUUUUGGGUAUGAUGUUUUGCCCUCUUCCAUUUUUGGAACAAAUGGUCGAAACUGGCCAACACUUAAUGAAGGAAGACAAGGGGGGAGGUGCAAUGACUUUUCGUGCAGCUGUACUAUUGCACUUGAUACACUAAGUGAGCGAAAUAGGGGACCUAGGGCAUUCAAGCCUAGGAGUCAGGCAACAGAAAAUCCUUCUGUAGUUGAUAAUCACCAGAAGGCAGUUGCUGAUGUUCAUAGUGAAUCUCACAACCAAGUGGAUUUUGCUACUGAUUAUAAGGAUGCAAAGUUCUUUGUCAUAAAAUCGUACAGUGAAGAUAAUGUUCAUAAGAGUAUAAAGUAUGGUGUUUGGGCAAGCACUCCGAAUGGCAACAAGAAAUUAGAUGCUGCUUAUCGUGAAGCAAAGGAAAAUCAUGGGACAUGCCCGAUCUUUCUGUUGUUUUCAGUGAAUGCCAGUGCACAGUUCUGUGGAGUGGCCGAGAUGGUUGGACCUGUGGACUUUGACAAGAAUGUGGAUUUCUGGCAACAGGAUAAGUGGUCUGGGCAGUUUCCUGUGAAGUGGCAUAUUAUUAAAGAUGUCCCCAACAGUCAGUUUCGUCACAUUGUGCUGGAAAACAAUGACAACAAGCCAGUUACUAACAGUAGAGAUACUCAAGAGGUGGAGCUGGAACAGGGUGCUGAGAUGUUAGGCAUAUUUAAAAACUAUGAAAGCCAUUCUUCUAUCCUAGAUGAUUUUCAAUUUUAUGAAGAGAGGCAGAAAGUUAUGCAGGUGAGGAAAUCGAGGCCACAAGCAAGCAUGGUUUCUGCUCCAGUGGCUGGAAUUAGUGAACGAAAUCCCGUUCCAUUUUCUAAUGACUUGAUAAAGAAAAUGUCAAAGAGCUUUGCUGAAGCUGUUUUGCUGAAGGAGGAUGAAAGAGUGCAUCCUCGCUCACAUCUGCUGCAAGAUAUAAUGGGAGCUGAACCUGAAAAACGAAGCUGACAAUAACAAUGGCAUCCAAUUAAUCAGUCUGGCAGGGAAUUUUAGGUGUUUUGAGCCAGGAAGUUUUCAACUUGACGAUAUACCCCCCUUUCUCCUUGAAAUAUUUUCCUUCCCUUUUUUUAUUUGUUCAUAUUUAAAUGAUUUGGAUUGUUUCACAAGAUUGACGAGGAUGAUUUGUCUUUAGCAGCGGAGUAUAUUUAAUGAUUCGCAUAUUGUUCUGA